CAGAGUUCUCCUGGCAGCCAUCAUGAAGGGUGUAGUGUCAAUCUGCUGCUUUGUCUCCCUGCUGCUUUUGCAGGCCACAGGAGAGGAGGAGGUGGAGGAUGUUCCGUAUGCCCUGCGGGACAAGACUCACAUCGAAGAGACCCUGCGUCUGGCCACCGAUGACAAGUCAGGAGACUAUACAGCGGCCCUUCAGAAGCUGCGUAAGAUCUACCACUCGGCCAUCAAGCCCAUGGAGCAGGCGUACAAGUACAAUGAGCUGAGGCAGCACGAGAUCUCAGCCUACCCGGGACGCAACUUGGGGGACUCAGGAACAGAUGGAGAGAUCACCUCCAAGCCCAUGGUGCUGUUCCUUGGGCCCUGGAGCGUGGGAAAGUCCUCCAUGAUCAACUACCUCCUGGGUCUGCAAAACAGCCCCUACCAGCUCUACACAGGCGCUGAGCCCACUACCUCCGAGUUCACCGUCAUCAUGCACGGGGAGAAGAUCCGCUCGGUGGAGGGCAUCGUGAUGGCCGCCGACAGCUCCCGCUCCUUCUCGCCGCUGGAGAAGUUCGGGCAGAACUUCCUGGAGAAGCUGAUCGGGGUGGAGAUGCCCCACAAGCUGCUGGAGCGCGUCACCUUCGUGGACACGCCCGGCAUCAUCGAGAACCGCAAGCAGCAGGAGAGAGGCUACCCCUUCAACGACGUGUGCCAGUGGUUCAUCGACCGCGCCGACCUCAUCUUCGUGGUGUUCGACCCCACCAAGCUGGACGUGGGCCUGGAGCUGGAGAUGCUCUUCCGCCAGCUGAAGGGCCGCGAGUCCCAGAUCCGCAUCAUCCUCAACAAGGCGGACAACCUGGCCACCCAGGACCUGAUGCGGGUGUACGGCGCCCUGUUCUGGAGCCUGGCGCCCCUCAUCAACGUGACGGAGCCGCCCCGCGUCUACGUCAGCUCCUUCUGGCCCUACGACUACGCCCCCGACACCAGCCGCGAGCUGUUCAAGCGCGAGGAGAUCUCCCUGCUGGAGGACCUCAACCAGGUGAUCGAGAACCGCCUGGAGAACAAGAUCGCCUUCAUCCGCCAGCACGGCAUCCGCGUGCGCAUCCACGCGCUCCUGGUGGACCGCUACGUGCAGACCUACAACGACAAGAUGAGCUACUUCAGCGACCCCGAGCUGGUGUUCAAGGAGAUCGUGGACGACCCCGACAAGUUCUACAUCUUCAAGUCCAUCCUGGCCAAGACCAACGUGAGCAAGUUCGACCUGCCCAACCGCGACGCCUACCGCGACUUCUUCGGCGUCAACGCCAUCACCAGCUUCAAGCCACUGACCACGCAGUGCUCCUACAUGGGCGGCUGCCUGCUGGGCAAGAUCGAGAAGGCCAUCACAGACGAGCUGCCCGCGCUGCUCAGCAGCAUCAACUCCGACAAACAGCCCGGCCUCAACAGCUGCGAGGCCACUGGCUGCGACGAGAAGCCUAAGAACCGCUAUCGGAAAAACUGACGGAGGUUGACGAAUUGAGAAGGAGAGAGGGGAGAGGGAAGAGGAAGGGAGUCGAGGGACUGGUGUUGGCCGAACCUACGUUUAUCAGAGAGCAUGUCUUGUCGAACGAGAGUAAGAGGAGUUUUGGGUUUUGGUUCUUUGUUGGGUUUUUUUUCUCAGGAGGGUAUGAAGUGGUGCUUUCUGGGGGUUUGGGGGAAACACGGGCAAUAGGAGGAGGGAGCGUUUGUAUGAAUGUUGCGGCAGCUGAAUGAUAGUCGUGUUACAGAGACAAGGAUAUCAUUGGGGGGAUUUAAUGAAGACACACGCCAUCAUCAUUGCUUUCUCUGGCACGACCACCGUGGACUCUCUGGCCCCGGGUGCAAGGGGAAAUGUCGUCUCCAAGACGAGUUACAAAAAUAGCAAAAUUUAAGGAAAAUUUUGAAAAAAGCCUGAGGCUGACCACCAUCCAAUCACCAGCCCUUUUUGUGUAAAUAAAACGGGGGAUUUGAAACGGGAGUGGCCAAUUGUGUUUUGUCAGAUCUUUAGAUUUGCAUCGUCACAGGUCAAUUCCAUGUGCUUCAUAAUCGUUUAUCAAAUAAAAUGUUGUGGGUGCUGCACCGAGCCUUCGGGUGCUAUGUAGGAAGCCAUACCUCUGCAUUCGAUUCUUUCUGAACAACAUUCAUUUUGCAUGCAACCGUAUUUAGCAGCAUGCAUUGUAGAUGCAUGCAUUUCCGUUUGAGUAGGUCAACGUUUUCCUAACAGAACUGACUUCACCAUCCCUAGAGUGCAAAAAAGAUAUCUAUUUAUUUGUCUCAUAUGUUGUGGUCUCAUUGAUACGGGUUGUUGACAACCUGUGAAAUUAUCAUUUUUGUGGGAGCAAAGGUCAGGGUUCAAGGGUCACAGUCUUCACCGGCAGGCAGGGUUAUGCGUUCUGCUCGACUUCUUAACUAUUCGUACUGUUUUGUCUGUAAAUGUGUCAUUCUUUGGUUGACAUUGAAUGCUUUAUUGCACGUUUCUUUCACCUCUCCAUAAGCUCUCCAGCAUUAAAGCUGAAUGACCACAUGAAAAGUGACGUGUGACAUGAAAUAAUGAAAAGCUAUAAAUGUUGGUGUCCAUAAUAUGGCAUUGAUAACAUGAAUUAUGUGUUCUGACAUGCAGCUUGCUUGUGUCUUUGUUCUGUCAGUUGGAAGCAAUUCAUUUUAUUAUAUGGGUAAGGAACCACAAUCUUAAAUAGACACAAUAUUUAGGCUAUGCUAUGCUACAAGUAAUAGCCUAGGAGUUAACCUGAUAUAAAAUCCUUCUAUUUGAAGUAAUACACAAUACAUUUUUUAUUCAUGUUAAAAUGCAAUGACCAAUUCGAGGCAGUUAGGGAGUACUAUGCGUGGGCUGGAAAUUAGCGUUGAAGAAAGUGGUGAAAACGUUAUCAUCUGACCUUUGAUCCCUGACCCUGAACCUGGCAAUGGCAAAAUAAAAUAAAAGGUUUGGAUAGUUGUACACAUUGUGACUUAAUGAAAUACUUACUGGAAAGGGUUUGUCUAGGUAUGAUUUGUGAUCAGCCGUGCAUUGAUUACUAGAAUCACAAGAGUGCCUGGCUGAUUUCGGCUCUGUGUUUGUCUAUUUCCCUAUACUUUGUUGUUGUCCCCACUAAUCCAUUGUAGUUUAGGAAUGUUUUUCCUAGACAUGUAUUAUAAAUAAAAGGAAGGCCUACCUGCAAGAUAAUAAUGAAAAAACACACCAUUAAUCUCUGCAGAAUCAACAAAAAAAGAAGUAUAAGUGAUACACAUUUUGCAUAAUUUCGAGUCAGGUUCGAGGGACACGGUUGCAGUGACAGAAGCUGCCCACUAGGGGACACUGUGGAGACAGGUAUGAUACGCCAGUCACCUGGCAGGGUGACUUCUUGUUCAUCGGUCGCCGGGUUAAUGGAACAACUGACCCUGCGCUUAUGGUGUAGGUUUGUAAAAGUUACUCGUUUUAGAUUGUCUGUGACUUUAAUAGAGACUGCUCAUGUGCUUUGUUUUUGUGUAGGCCCACAAUAGCUUUCAGCCGAAAUCUUGUCCAGCGAAUCAUGAACAUUAAACACUUCUGACUGAGAGAAUA